AUGGCGGCGUUCACCGCGGACGACGAGCGGCACAUGCGCGCCGCGCUCGCGGAAGCGACCGCCGCUCUCGACCGCUGGGAGGUCCCCGUGGGGUGCGUCCUCGUCCUCGACAACGAGAUCGUCGCGCGCGGGAGCAACCGAACGAACGAGCGUCGCAACGGCACGAGGCACGCGGAGUUCGAAGCGAUCGACGCCCUCCUCGCGGCGCACGCGAACGACGCGAACGCCGCGCGGUUCGAAGACUGCGUUCUCUACGUCACGUGCGAGCCGUGCAUCAUGUGCGCGGGCGCGCUGUCGCUGCUCGGAUGCCGGGCGGUGGUGUACGGGUGUGGCAACGACAAGUUCGGCGGCAACGGGUCCAUCCUGAGCGACGGCGGCGACGCGGCGGCGUCCAACGGCGCGCGCGGGGCGAGGCGGACGUACCCGUCCGUCGGGGGGUUAUUCGCGGAGGACGCGGUGGAACUUUUGCGGCGGUUUUACGUGCGAGGGAACCCGAAGGCGCCCAAGCCGCAUCGGACGCUGACGUCCGAGUCGUUGGCGAUCAGGGAGAGGCGCGGCGCGGACGGAUAG